UUUUUUUCGUUUUCUUGUUCUUUGAACGCGCACAUGUCGGACGUGGACGAAGCAAUGCCGCCUGCGACGCGGGUGCCUGGCGACCUCGACUACGCUGCAGAAGCAAUGGAUGUGACUGGCGACGAUGGGUUUGACGACGAUCCGCUGGCGCUGGAGCGAGCGCUGGGCUUCAAUCCCAACCGCUCAGUCGCGAGCACGCCGAUCAGCAGAAUGGCGAAGACGAACGGCAAGUCCAGCAGCGGCGGCGGCAGCGCCAUGACCAAGAUGCGCAGGGUGCUCCAUGCUCGCAUUGCUGACGACGACGAUGAUGAUGACGAUGAUGAUGGCGGCGAGGUCGACCAGGACGACUCCAACUCGGACUCGGAUUCGGAUGAGGACGACGACAAUGAGGCUGGGGACAACGGGCGGCUCAAGCACAGGCCGAAGCGGACCGCGUUCGCGAUGGAGGAUGCGGACUUCUCGGACGCCGAGCCAGAGGCAGAGCUUGGGCCAGAGCCCGUGCCAGAGGAGGAGGAGGAUCCGAGCUACGACGAGACCGAGCCGCUUGGACGCCUGAUCACAGCCAUCCAGGCAAUGAGCGUGCGCGACCCGCUGCUGCUGUUGCAGGACGAUGCUGCAGCAACAUUGCAGCAGCAGCAGCAGCAGCAGCGAUCGACUGCUGUGGAUUUGUGCACGGCGUUCCUCGACCUCAAGAGUCCCAUCAAGCGCUUCACGGCGACCGUGUGCGACUUUAUGCUGAUGCCGGGUGCCACUGCCGUGCUGAUGGGCUUUGUGUCGCGGAUGGACACCGAUGCAAGCGGAGCAGCGGCUGAUCGCAACCAUUCGAACGACAUUGCAACGCGUCGGGGAUAUCAAGUCACCAACUUGCUUCGCAUGGUCGAUCGCGAAGCCGAGGUCAAGCGCUUUGUCGAUGCGCAGCUGGAGCCCAUCGUCGCUGGCCUGUUCGACACAUUGCAGCCGAAAUCCAAGGGUAGUCUCUACCACUUUACUGCCAUCUUGCAGGCGUUGCUCAAGUACAAGCCAGAGGAGACGUUGGAUGCGUUCUUCGCGCUGGACACUUUCCACGAGCUCGUGCGAGACAUGUCCAACAACCUGCACCAGUCUCCCAUUUCCGAAGCCAUCGUCGCCAUUUUUGAGGCGAAAGGCCGCCCAACCCAAGUCCGAAAGUUUACGGAUGCCCUUCGAGCGACCGGCUUCCUCACCAUUGUCGCGCAAGCCAUCAAUGGCGAGAACGCGGCCACUGUCGCCACUGGCUUCAACCACACUCUCCAAGCACUUGCCGGCCAUCCUCUCGCGCGUUCACUGUUUCUUGACUCGUCUCGCCUCGAGUCCUUUUGCGGCAGUCUCGGACAGACUGUGACUGGUCCGAGUCUGAAGACCUAUGAGCAAAGUGCUGCAGCUGCCGAGAUUCUCUCCACCCUUUUCCAGUUUAGCCAAAGUGAGCCGGCAACACCUUUGGGAUCGAAGCCGGUCAUGUCGGCGUUCAGUCUCGCCAGCCAGCGCGCUGCAGCAGUGACAACCUUUGCUCGGAUUGUUCCGAACGUCUGCGAAAAGCUCAAGCUCAUGUCCGAGCGAAGCCAGGAUGUUCAUGCUGCUGUGUCGCAUCACUCGCGCAAACUCGAUCGCCCCGCAAAGGCUGCAACAGUUCCUGAAUCAGGCGCCGCCGCUCCAGCUCCAGCGACCUUCCCAGCGCCUGUCGCGCCCUUCACCAUGCUUCGUCUCAACCUCACCCGUCUACUGUGCGACAUGGUCACCGCUAUUGAGGCGCCUGCCACGGCAAACAAGGGCCCAGCCCCAUUGCCGCCGCACGCCGAGCAGCUGCUGAUCGCCAUUCCCGCCACCACUUGGAAACAGCUGCUCAAUCUCCUGCUCGAACACCGCCACAACACCGUCUACCACGCGAUCUUCUUCCGGCUUUUUGUCGCCACGCUGGCACUCAACUACGAGCCCACCCUCCGUGCUUUGCUCAGCAACACCAAGUUUGUCACGCGCGUGAUUCAGCACUACAAGACGGAGAGCAAGGACACUAGUGUGCGCGGCAUCAUUCUGCUCAUGCUCAACUUUAUGCGGCUCACUGCGCAAUCGGGUCGCUCGGAUUACAUUGCUGGCAUGUUGCAUCAUCACCCCGAGUGGAAUCAGUUCAUGCCGCAGUUAAUCGAGGACACUUUGCGACAGCAACGAAGCGUGAUCAGCACUGCGGCGGCGCUGAAGCUCAUCAAGAGCCCAAGUAUGCCCACACCAUAUUGCGGCCCCGAGUUGCCACGAAGAACAUUCGUCACACCCAGCGGAAAGCUUCCCAGCGUCGAAGGCUUGGCCUCUGCCGACGUGUCAACUCAGACCGCCAGCACACUGCUGGAUGUUGGCUCUCCUUUCGCGCUGUAUCUCGGUUUUGAUGCGAUCGUUGCCAAACCCGUGAGCGCAGCGGCUCCUGCGCACACUGCCAACUCCAACUCCUCGCCGAGCGCCGGUGGCAAGAAGAAGGCGGGAAACGCUGCUUCGGGUUCCUCGCCCAAAGCCACUCCAGCAUCGCCCAAGGCCGCUCCAGCCUCGCCCAAGUCGACUCCAAACUCGCCCAAGGCUACACCAACUUCGCCGAAAGCUACGCCGGCCGCAUCCACUGCUGCAGCUCCGGAAAAGACCACAGCUGCAGUUGCCAACACCACGUCUGCCGCACCAGUUGUCAAUCACGAUUCGGGUGAUGCAGGUGCCACAGCUGCCAAGAGCAAGAACAAGAAGAAGAAGAAGAAGAAGGCGGCCGCUGCUUCGACCGGCUCUGGCGCGGCAGCGAACGACGAUAGUGAUGAUGAUGCAUCAUAGCCUAUCUUGGAUGACUUGAUGUAAAAUGUAAAUCGGAUUUGCUGUUGCCCAAUCUUUCAAAACACACCUGCUUUCAAAAAAUACAACAUCACUCGCCGCCA